AUGUCCGGCGAAGCAUGGCUCUACCUGUUGGCAGUGUUGAUCAACGCGGUCAACCUGUUCCUUCAAGUCUUUUUCACUAUUAUGUACAGCGAUCUUGAAUGUGACUACAUCAACCCUAUCGACCUUUGCAACCGUCUGAACGCCUACAUCAUUCCCGAGGCUGCCGUUCACGCUUUCCUGACCUUCCUCUUUGUGAUCAAUGGCUACUGGCUUGCGAUUGUUCUCAACCUGCCUCUCUUGGCAUUCAAUGCGAAGAAGAUUUACGACAACCAGCACCUUUUGGAUGCGACCGAGAUCUUCCGCAAGCUGAACGUGCACAAGAAGGAAUCUUUCAUCAAGCUUGGUUUCCACCUCUUGAUGUUCUUCUUCUACCUCUACAGCAUGAUUGUCGCUCUUAUCCGCGACGAGAGCCACUGA